CUUACCCCUCCUAAGAACCCACCUGACUUGUGUCGCUAAACCUACCACUUUCACCAUACUCUUCAAUCAUUUUGUAUUAUCAGGAGAUCAAUGCUCCCGGGCGUUGCCACCGAAGUGGAAGUGGGGAUGGCCGGAAAUGACACCGGUGGAAAGACAAAGAUUGGGAUCAUGAAGAAACAAAUUGAUGUUUUCAUGGAACGAAUGAAAAGAUUUCCAAGUCGGACAUGGAGAACAAUUUGGAAGGUGGGUCGAGAGGAUCCCCGGAGGGUGAUUCAUUCACUCAAAGUUGGUCUCUCCUUGACAUUAGUUUCCUUGUUGUAUCUAAUGGAGCCAUUGUUCAAGGGUGUCGGACAGACCGCCAUUUGGGCUGUCAUGACUGUGGUGGUUGUGCUAGAGUUCACUGCUGGGGCAACGUUAUGCAAAGGACUAAAUAGAGGAUUUGGGACGCUAUUAGCAGGAUCAUUGGCGUUUUUCAUCGAGUAUAUUGCUAGAGAGUCCGGUCGGGUAUUUCGAGCCAUCUUCAUUGGAGCUGCAGUUUUUGUGAUUGGCGCGGCAUCUACAUACAUGAGAUUUUUCCCUUAUAUAAAGAAGAAUUACGAUUAUGGCGUCGUGAUAUUUCUGUUGACCUUUAAUUUAAUUACCGUAUCAAGCUACCGUGUUGAUAACGUAUUAAAGUUGGCCCAUGAGCGCUUUUACACCAUCUCCAUUGGUUGCGGGAUCUGCCUUCUCAUGAGCCUCUUGAUAUUUCCGAAUUGGUCAGGAGAAGACCUCCAUAAUUCCACUGUGUCCAAGCUUGAAGGGUUAGCUAAAUCAAUUGAAGCUUGUGUCGGUGAAUACUUCAAGGAUGAAGAGGCAGAACCAAACAAAGAUAAAUCAUCGGAAGAUCCAAUUUACAAGGGCUACAAGGCAGUCUUGGACUCAAAAUCAAUCGAUGAGACACUGGCAUUACAUGCAAGUUGGGAGCCACGGCACUCGAGACAUUGUUACAGGUUCCCAUGGCAGCAGUAUGUAAAACUGGGAGGUGUUCUUCGCCAUUUCGGAUACACUGUGGUAGCUUUACAUGGAUGCUUGCAAACUGAAAUUCAGACUCCACGAUCUGUUCGAGCCUUGUUCAAAGAUCCAAGCAUUCGACUUGCUAGAGAAGUAUCUAAAGUCCUAAUGGAACUAGCCGAUAGCAUAAGAAAACGUCGCCAAUGCUCUCCAGAAAUACUUUCAGAUCACCUCCAUGAAGCCCUACAAGACCUCAACACUGCUUUAAAGUCCCAACCAAGGCUCUUCCUAGGUCCCAACACCAAUCCCACCACCAACAUCCUCGCCCUAGCGGCCUCAGCCGCCAGCCAGAAGCCGGGAAAGGACUAUGGGACCUCGUUGUCAAGUGUCAAAACCGAUUCAUCCGCAUUGUUUGAGUGGAAAUCAAGAAGGGCAUCUGAGCAGCAGAGGAGGGAGGCCGAACGAAAGGUGUUGAGGCCGACGUUGAGCAAAAUCGCCAUCACGAGCCUUGAGUUCUCGGAGGCUCUUCCAUUUGCUGCAUUUGCUUCUCUGCUGGUGGAGACAGUGGCAAGGCUUGAUCUUGUUAUUGAGGAGGUUGAAGAGUUGGGAAGGAUUGCUAGCUUCAAAGAGUUCAAUGUUGGAGAUGAUGAAAUUGCUGUCACUUGGGAGAGGCCUAAAUUGGAAAAUGCGGUGCCUUUAGGGAAUCAUUUCCCAUCCCAUGGUGCUGAUUAGAAUUAGAGGGUUAUCUAGAAUCAUAAUUGUAGAUGGAUAUGUAUGGAUGGUUUAUCAUAAAUGUUACUAGGCCAUAUAUCUAUGAUUGAUUUUAGCAUUUAU